AAGUUCAGGGUUGCUGUAAAUCUAUACACAAAAAUAGAGAAGAUAAAGAGAAAAAUAAUUGUUAUAUUUUGAAAGAGAAAUAUAAUUACUCUAAUUGGUGGUUAGUUUGAAAAUGAUACCUCCUCUUGCACCUGGACAAAUUGAAGAAAACGAAAACAUGGUUAGAUGGAAAAAUACUUUUGAUAUGCGACAAGUUACUUUAUUAAAUCUUGCAACUAGUAAUUUAAGUUUACGAACAAACGCUCGAUCACAACUGGUUUAUAAUCGUAUGCGAAAUGGAAGUGUUUCAAGUCCAAUAAAAUCAUUGGAUAUAGUACGCAGAAACUUACAAAGCGCUAUUAAUCGAGAUAUUGAGCUGGUGAUUAAGAAGUAUUUAGAGAAAUUUUUUCAACCAGCAAUUGAGAAUAUACGUAAUAACCUUGGCCGAGAAAGUGUAAAUGAAGACCAUAUUAAAGAAGUUUGCAGGCAAAUUUUAGAAGAAGCAAAGCAAAUAUAUUCUUAUACCCAACAGAGUCGAGAUAGCUCUCCAUAUGAAUGUAGCGAUUCAGAAACAGGGAGCUUAGGAUUACCAGUUGCUCGGAGUCCAGCAUUUCGUAAACGUAAAGAAUCGGAUACGGAUUCUGAAAAUAGUCAAUCAGCAGUGUUAAAACGGAACAAAUUUCGUAAUUUAACUGCAAACGGUAAUUUCACAAACAAUUCAUCACCAAAUCGGUUAUUGCCAAAAUUUGAAGGCCCUAAAUGGAAUCCAGAUCGAAUUGUCAGCAGUACCCUAUUUAUAAUGGGAGCAAGAGCUAAUAAAGUUCUAGGUUACGGACAAAAUCGAGGUCGACUUUAUGUGCGUCAUCCGGAUUUAAUGCGAUAUUCAGGUGAUCAAGAAGAUAAAGAUUGGCUUUCGCGUCAUAAUCUAUUACCAGCAAAUGGGGGGAAAGCUUACUUAAUGGUUUUGGAAGAUAUUAAAGAAUUAUCGAGUCUAGAUGAAUACAGAAAUAGUCCGAAUUUACUUUUAAGUGAAUUAAAAGGUUUUGAAGCACCCAUAUUUAUGGUUAAUAAAAUUCGCCAAUUUAUGGAACAAGUUCGAACUGACGGCAAAGCUCAAUUGACAAAUUUUGAUAUAUACGAUUUUCAAAAUUGUCAAUCAAUGACACCACCAGGUAAUGUAGUUGACUCGGGUCCGCCGACACCGUCAGAUACGCUAAACAUAUUAGACCCGAGUCAAAAACAAUCAGAUUUAAAUAUGUAUAUUAAUGCACCCGAGAUAAGCCCCGGUUCGAAUUCGUUUUUAACACAAAGCCCAAGUAAUUUGUUAUCAUCGACGCAAACAUCACAAAAUUUGAAUUUUACGAAUGAUGUUACAACGACUUCUACUUUACAAUCGACUUUACAACAAAGAAAUAAUUUAACUGCGGUACAACAUAAUACGUUAUCUGCAUUUUUAUCUGGUCAAAUAUCGAGUGAUAAUUCACAAGAUGAUUCAGAAUUUUAA